AUGAAUUUCGGUAAAUUACCGCUCCUUUUCGCGCUCCUCUCCCUGGCGGUGGUCUUCUGCGCGCAGUCCGUUGAGGCUGCAAAGGGGCCCAAAAUCACCCACAAGGUCUACUUUGAUGUCAAGCAGGGUGACAAGGACCUUGGGAGAAUCACUAUUGGCCUCUUCGGCGGGACUGUCCCGAAGACGGUGGAGAACUUCCGUGCGCUCGCGACCGGAACGAAGAAGGAUGGCGAGAAACUCCCCGAGGGCUUCGGUUACAAGGGAUCCAAGUUCCACCGUGUUAUCAAGGACUUCAUGAUUCAAGGUGGUGACUUCACAAGGGGCGACGGCACUGGCGGCAAGUCCAUCUAUGGUGACAGGUUCCCUGAUGAGAACUUCAAGCUCAAGCACACCGGACCUGGUGUUCUUUCCAUGGCUAACGCGGGCAAGGAUACUAACGGCUCUCAAUUCUUCAUCACGACCGUCAAGACUAGCUGGUUGGAUGGCAGACAUGUCGUCUUUGGCAAAGUCCUCGACGGCAUGGACGUAGUCACCCUGAUUGAGAACGUGCCCAAGGGCGCCAGCGACCGCCCCGUCGAGGACGUCAUCAUCGCGGACUGCGGCGAGCUGGAGGUCGAGCAUGAGAUAGACGAGAACGGAAACCAGGUGCCUCUCCGUGCCGAGCUCUGA